AUGGGAAGCAAAGGAGGCUUCACCCUGCUCGGGCUCCUGAUCAUCCUUUCUGUCCUCUGUGAUUCAGGUCAUGGCCUGCGGUGCUACACCUGUCUCAACCCAGGGGGUGCGUGCGAUGUCAUCACCAACUGCUCCGUUAACCUUGAUGCAUGUCUCUUUGUCAAAGCCGAGACGCGGACAUACUACCAGUGUUGGAGUUUCAAUAACUGCAACUACGAAUACCUCUCAAAAAAUUUAGGAGAGAAGACUCUGCAGUAUGAAUGCUGCAAGAAGGACCUGUGUAACAAAAGCGGUGGGACGAGCAUAACAGGGACCAUCACUCUCCUGGUGACUUCGCUGUUCACGGCACUCUGGAGACUUCUCUAA